AUGGCGCCGGCAAAAGAUGAACUCUCCGCGCCCGGUGCUGUGAGUUAUGAUUCAAAUACUCAAACCGUUGGUGAUGGGACAUGGGAUUUCGACAAGAACACUUUUCUGCUGCCUAAUCUCCAAGGGCUUAACUACGAAACUAUGCGUUAUAAUGGCAUGGGAAAUAGAUUUUCGACACUUACGCAAUAUCAUGGCCUGAUUCGGGCGCACGCCGUUAUGGGAAUUAUAGUAUUCCUCUUCCUCAUACCGUUCUCUGUUAUGACAGCAAGGUUCUACUCGCGGCGUCCAGGCUAUGCCAUUAAGUACCACGCCCAAGUCAAUAUCUUUGCUGGGCUGUUAUUAGUCGCAGUCUUCACCCUGGGCUACUUUGCAGUUGGACCAGAGCGUAGUCUAUCUAACCCCCAUCAUGGAAUCGGUGUCGCGAUAUUCGCCCUGUUCUUCAUUCAGCUAUUCGGAGGUUGGAUUGUCCGCAGAGUAACCAAGUCUCGGUCAUUGCGCGUCAUGAUUCACCAAUGGUUUGGCCGAGCGAUUGCCCUUCUGGGUAUCGCUCAGGUUCCUCUGGGACUCGCCUUAUAUGGUUCGCCCCUCUACUUGUUCAUCAUGUACGCUGUCUGGAUGUUCUUGCUCGUCAUCCUGUACUUCAUUCUCAGCUGGCGAUCUGCCAACCAUCGAGACUACUAUAUGGGUGGAGCAAGGUCAGAAAUGCGCUCAGAAUUGGCGCCAACGGAAGAUACUCGUACUCGAUACACUGAGUCUGAGCUUUUCUCAGAAUACAAGUCGGAGCCUCCCAAAAGCAAAGCCAAAUGGUUAGGUCCUCUUGUGGCUCUCGGUGGAUUGGCGGCUCUCGUAAGAGGUCGGGACAAGAACAAGACCCCAGAUAACGGCAGCCGAGUCCGCAGCCGGUCCCCGUCAUUCGAUCGCAGCCAGAGACCAGAGGUCCUCCCUUCUAGAACGGGCUCAGCCAGCUAUCUCACCGGAUAUACUGGAGAAAAGUACUCAGAAGUUUCACGAAAAGAUGCUGGAGGAGGUGGAGGAGGCGGUUUCGCAAAGUUCUUGGGCAUCCUAGGUCUCGGAAAAUUGUUUUCCAAACGGGGCAAGCCAAGAGAUGGGGACUACUCCGAGUAUAGUGCAGUGUCAACCGAAACACCUAAACGUCAUCGUGCAAGCCGCAGUGCUCCAAGUAUGUCCGAUUUCACUAGGACUGACUUCACCAGCACAACUACACCUGACAACAGAAGGGAGCCUGAUAUGACUCGCUCAACGUUACUCCCUCCAUCUGGAAGCCGUGCACCGCCGCCUGCAAUGUCACAGAUGAGGAGUGCUGCCGAUCAGAGUUAUACCGAAACUGCGCUGAGCUCACCUCCGCCUUCUGUCACACCCCGAGGCAAACGUUAUCCACCCAACUCGAGACGUAGCGUCUUUGAGGAAUCAGACUAUUCAUCCUACGUUAGUCCUUCUCGACGCCCACCGCCGGAAAAGUCAGGGGGUGGGUUUGCCAAGGGACUGCUAGGCGGCCUCGGUUUUGGAUGGUUUACAAAGAAGAUGGCAGAUAGGAGGGCAGCGAAAGAGGACGAGCGUCUGCGUGAUGAAGAAGAUCUGAGAUCCGGCACCUCGUUGUCGAGGUUUACUGCAGAUGGACACGCAUCCCCUCCCAGGCGAGACAGUCGCCGGCCUGCUCAACGUCGACAAUCAGGCUACCCUGCUACAGAUACACUUUUGUCAUCUGAGAUGUCUGAAUCGACCAUCGAGCCCCGGCCUGCUCGCGGCAACUACGUCCCACCUACUGAAAUGAGCAAUCUGCCUCCCGUUGCUGGCCGCGCGGGAAACCACUCGAGACGCAGCAGUGAGCAUGUCUCUAUGCCCGCGAUGCCAGCUGAUCCUCAUGGUAUCCUAGCGCCUAUAGCACCUACUGAGACUACAGCUUCAGGCUUGUCGCCAAACUCUAGGGCCCAACGAUCUCGCCAAGGCCGACCAAGUGACCGAGACGCUUCAAAGCUUGCGCCCGGCGAAGAGGAUUCGCGUUACGAGCGCUAUGCCUCACCAGCCAGUGUCAGUGUCAAGAUGAAGGUUCAUGAUGAUAGGGAUCGAAAUGUCACUCUUAGAAGACUUACAGAAGAGGAAGCAUUGGCAGCACGCGGCCGAAGGGACUCUGCCAGCAGCAUUGGCCUCGAAUCCCCCUCUCACGGGCGCCGACGUUACCGACGAGACUCCAGUCAUAAACGGGCUGAGUCAGCUGCUGAGCGAAAAGCAGAUGAUGACGAUGUAGGGUCUUUGGCUCCCCCGAACCCUUCCUUUGCAAAGCAGAAGCGGCGAGGUAAGGAUUCCGCCUAUUACUCUGGGCAACCUGCUCCAUCCCUACCUGGCGCGUCUGCUCAAUUUGGCCAAACAGUGUCGAGUCUAGCUGAAAGUCACGGCACCUGGAGUGGCAUCACUCCUACCGUCAACACAUCCCCACCUGGGCCUCCUGAAGAAGGUCCAGGUGAUGGAUCGGCCGCGGAGAACCGUCGACAACGACGACGGCUCGAGAGGAGACGCGCGAGCGGACCGACCACUGAGACGACUGCCACCAACGUCGACAUGUUCGAUUAA